AUGUCUGACGCGGAUUUUGACAAGGCUAUCAAGCUCCAGCAGGAGCGCAACGCCGCCGCUGCUGCGAAAAAGGGUUCGCGGACCUUCGACGCAUCAACGCAACGUGCCGAUUCAACCAAACAGCGACUCACAGACAGCGCGGAUACCGCCCUCUACGGUAACGAUAGCGCAGACAAAUAUGCCGGCUACAACACCUCGUUGCCGAUGGGGGAUGAUGAUGAUGAGAUGGAGGGAGCCGACAACACACGGAGGCUCGUGGGACAGUACACGGCCUCUCGCGAGAUGAUAGAUGAGUUUUCCCGAGGCAAUGGCGUCGAGGAGGAUGAUAUUCUCGCGGGGCGAGGGGAAAAGAGCAAUCGGAUCACCGAUCGCGAGACCGACUACCAGAAGCGGCGCUUCAACAGAGCUCUCACCCCGACGCGCGCCGAUGCUUUUAAUGGAAAUGGCCAGGCCGGUUCCACUGAGAAUGGCUCUAGCUACCGCGAAAUCAUGGAGGCGCGCGAUCUCGAACGAGAGGAGGAACGGGUUCGACGCGCGAUCCUUGCGAAACAAAAUGGGGAAGCUCAUGACGAGGACGCCAAACCCACCCUUCACGAUGCGAAUAACGAGAACGGUGCAGCUGAGGAUUCGGCUGCAAGCCGCAAGCGCAAGAAGAGAUGGGACGUGUCUUCUGCACCGGCCGAGGAGGCACCUCAAGAUGCUACCGAUGGCGCUCAGCCAAAACGAUCUCGAUGGGACCAGGCGCCUUCAAUUGGUGGACCGACCGCAGAGGCUCCAAAGAAGCGAUCGCGAUGGGACCAAGCUCCGUCAGCUACUCCCAUGGUUAACCAAGGUUUGGCUACACCAGCACCGCAGGCUCAGGCCAGUUUAUUGCCUCCCGGCUUUGGAACCGAUAUAACAAUUCGCAACAUGCCGAUCAGCGACGAAGAGCUUGACAUGUUGCUUCCUGGUGAGGAUGAGGGAUACAAGAUCCUGGAGCCACCUCCAGGAUACGCUCCUACGUCCGCUCCUGCUCACAAGCUAAUGGCAACUCCGGCUCAGCACACUGGGUUCAUGAUGCAGGAUCCAGAUCAAGUCCGCCUUGGCGGCAAGCCAAUGCCAGCCGAGAUUCCUGGAGUAGGAGAUUUGCAAUUCUUCAAGCCUGAGGAUAUGGCCUACUUCGGAAAGCUGACUGACGGUUCUGAUGAGAAUGUGCUCACUGUCGACGAGAUGAAGGAGCGCAAGAUCAUGCGUCUUCUGCUGAAGAUCAAGAACGGUACGCCUCCAAUGCGAAAGACUGCCCUGCGCCAAAUCACCGACAACGCGAGGCAGUUUGGUGCUGGUCCGCUUUUCGAUCAGAUUCUCCCUCUGUUGAUGGAAAAAACCCUGGAGGAUCAGGAGCGUCAUUUGCUCGUCAAGGUUAUCGACAGAAUUCUCUACAAGCUCGACGACCUAGUUCGGCCUUACGUUCACAAGAUUCUGGUCGUCAUCGAGCCUCUUCUGAUUGACCAAGACUACUAUGCUCGAGUGGAGGGCCGAGAGAUUAUCUCCAACCUCAGUAAGGCGGCUGGUCUAGCUACCAUGAUCAGUACCAUGAGACCGGAUAUUGAUCAUGUUGACGAAUAUGUCAGAAACACCACUGCCCGUGCCUUUGCUGUCGUGGCUUCCGCGCUGGGUAUCCCGGCACUCCUUCCCUUCCUGCGGGCAGUGUGCCGAAGCAAGAAGUCAUGGCAAGCUAGACAUACUGGUGUGAAGAUCGUCCAGCAGAUUCCUAUCUUGAUGGGCUGUGCGGUUCUACCACAUCUGAAGGGUCUAGUUGACUGCAUUGGUCAAAACCUGAAUGAUGACCAGACCAAGGUUCGAACCGUGACCAGUCUCGCUAUCGCCGCGUUGGCCGAGGCAUCCAACCCAUACGGUAUUGAGAGUUUUGAUGAUAUUCUCAACCCUCUUUGGACCGGCGCACGAAAGCAAAGAGGAAAGGGAUUGGCAGGUUUCUUGAAGGCUGUCGGUUACAUCAUUCCUCUGAUGGAUGAAGAAUACGCCAACUAUUAUACUAGCCAGAUUAUGGAGAUUCUUCUACGAGAGUUCUCAUCUCCCGACGAAGAGAUGAAGAAGGUUGUGCUCAAGGUUGUGUCUCAGUGCGCAGGAACUGACGGUGUCACCGCCGGAUAUCUCAAAGAGCAUGUGCUUGAUGAGUUCUUCAAGAACUUCUGGGUGAGGCGCAUGGCAUUAGACAAGCGCAAUUACAGACAAGUUGUCGAAACGACAGUCGACAUCGGCCAGAAAGUUGGCGUGAGCGAGAUAGUGGAACGCAUCGUCAACAAUCUCAAAGAUGAAAGCGAAGCCUACCGAAAGAUGACUGUCGAGACUGUGGAGAAGAUUGUGGCAAGUCUUGGCGCUGCUGAUAUUGGUGAGCGUCUGGAGGAACGUCUUGUAGACGGUAUUCUGCACGCUUUCCAGGAGCAGAGCGUCGAGGACGUUGUUAUGCUCAACGGCUUUGGCUCCGUGGUGAAUGCCCUGGGCACCCGCUGCAAACCCUAUCUCCCUCAAAUUGUCAGUACCAUUCUAUGGAGACUGAACAACAAAUCGGCUACUGUCCGUCAGCAGGCGGCGGACCUCAUUUCUCGAAUUGCUAUGGUGAUGAAGCAGUGCGGUGAGGACGCCUUGAUGGGCAAGCUGGGUAUCGUGCUCUACGAAUAUCUCGGUGAAGAGUAUCCAGAAGUCCUUGGUUCCAUUCUUGGUGCCCUUCGAUCUAUCGUCACCGUCGUGGGAAUUACUCAGAUGCAACCACCCAUCAAGGAGUUGCUCCCUCGUCUUACUCCCAUUCUGCGCAACCGACACGAGAAGGUGCAGGAAAACACCAUCGAUCUUGUCGGCCGUAUUGCCGAUCGCGGUCCUGAAAGUGUUAACGCCAGAGAAUGGAUGCGUAUCUGCUUCGAGCUCCUUGAUAUGCUCAAGGCGCACAAGAAGGGCAUUCGACGAGCCGCCAACAACACUUUUGGUUUCAUCGCCAAGGCCAUCGGUCCCCAGGAUGUUCUGGCAACACUGCUCAACAACCUCCGAGUCCAGGAGCGUCAGUCUCGUGUCAACACUGCUGUCGCUAUCGGUAUUGUUGCCGAGACUUGCGCUCCCUUCACAGUUCUCCCUGCGCUCAUGAACGAGUACCGCGUUCCAGAGCUCAACGUGCAGAACGGUGUCCUCAAGUCACUCUCGUUCUUGUUCGAGUACAUCGGAGAGAUGGCAAAGGACUACGUCUACGCCGUCACCCCUCUGCUCGAAGAUGCUCUGAUCGACCGUGAUCAGGUGCAUCGCCAGACCGCCGCCUCGGUGGUCAAGCACAUUGCCCUGGGCGUCGUUGGUCUCGGCUGCGAGGACGCCAUGGUCCAUCUCCUCAACCUCCUAUACCCCAACCUCUUCGAGACCAGCCCCCACGUCAUUGAUCGCAUCAUCGAGGCCAUCGAGGCAAUCCGCGUCGCAGUCGGACCGGGCGUCGUCCUCAACUACGUCUGGGCAGGUCUCUUCCACCCAGCCAGAAAGGUCCGAACGCCUUACUGGCGGCUCUUCAACGAUGCCUACGUCCAGGCAGCUGACGCCAUGGUACCAUUCUAUCCGAACCUGGACGAAGAUACCAUGGACAGGCCAGAACUCCACAUUGUGUUAUAA